ACGCUAAUUUACUCUCUUACCAUUCAUCGGCUCAUCUCCUUCUCCUUCCAUUCAACUAUGAAGAACCCCCCGAAACCCGAAAACUUCGGGUACGACCUUUGAGUUUGACUGACAGCUAUGUCACGAGUCAAACUGGCUCGGUUCGUCUUCAUGUAUCAGAAGCUCUUCUGGGUUGUAGUCCGGUGACAAUUAAAGUCAAAUUUUCUCCUUGUUUGCUCGGAGAAUUUGAUGUUCAGUUCUAAAGUUCAACGAUCAACGCUGGAAUUGGUUCCUGAGUUCUCUUUUUUCCUUUCCCGUUUGGCCGUUGUUUCUUGCUCGUACCUAAUGUAUUUGUAUAGUCGGUGAUGAGUUUAGUAUCUUUGAAUGAGGCUUCGCAGUGGCCAAGCAUAAUAUUCCUUGUUGUCCAAGAAGUUCUUGUUUCUUAACAACUUUAAUGUCAACUCAUAUGCAAAUUUUUGCGAGUUUACUGGAUUCUUCAAGUUGUCCAUUUUUGGCAACCCCUUUGAGGUGUAAAUCUGCUGAAUUCUGUAUAGUCUUCUUCAUAUCACAUUGGUUGAGGCAUCAACUGUCCUUCUCUGUUAUUGGUCAUCGAGCAAAAUUUACCUGGUUUUGGAUUACCAGAACCCAUCUACUCAGUUGACUCCUCACUUCGGUUCUAAUUUCUCAACCAUAGAGCAGUAUAUUAUUUGCAUUGUGUGAAACAAAAAUAUUUUCUUUGAUAUCUUGCUUGAAGAUAUUGAACAAUUUUGUACCAUUGGAAUAACCUUUUUAUUUUUUUCAAUUUCUGUACAAGAAGUUUCCCAUUAAUAUAAAAGCAAUGUCGAUUCUGUGUGGCGUGCCUCUUGUCGAGUGUGUGUAUUGCCUGGCAUGUGCUCGCUGGGCUUGGAAAAGAUGUCUUCAUACUGCAGGCCAUGAUAGUGAGACCUGGGGCCUUGCCACAGUUGAAGAAUUCGAACCUGUUACUCGCCUUUGUCGCUAUAUUCUUGCUGUCUAUGAAGAUGAUAUUCGGCACCCCGUUUGGGCACCUCCUGGUGGCUAUGGAAUUAAUCCUGAUUGGUUAAUACUCAGGAAGACAUAUGAAGAUACACUAGGGCGGGCACCUCCCUAUUUAUUGUAUCUUGAUCAUGAUCAUGCUGAUAUAGUUCUUGCUAUCAGGGGUUUAAAUUUGGCAAAGGAGAGUGACUAUGCAGUUUUAUUGGAUAAUAGUUUGGGUAAGAGGAAGUUUGAUGGGGGCUAUGUUCACAAUGGGCUGCUGAAGGCAGCGGGAUGGGUUUUGGAUGCUGAAUGUGAAGUUUUGAGGGAGUUGGUAGAGAAACAUCCAAAUUACACUCUGACUUUUGCUGGUCAUUCCCUAGGAUCAGGAGUAGCGUCAAUGUUGACGAUAUUGGUGGUGCAGAACCGUGAUAGAGUUGGAAAUAUUGAGAGGAGGAGGGUCAGGGGCUAUGCUAUUGCACCUGCUAGGUGUAUGUCACUGAAUCUGGCAGUCCGAUAUGCAGAUGUUAUCAACUCUGUUGUUCUUCAGGAUGACUUCUUGCCAAGAACAGCUACUCCCCUAGAAGAUAUAUUCAAGUCUCUCUUCUGUUUGCCAUGUCUGUUGUGCUUGAGAUGCAUGAGGGAUACAUGCAUACCUGAAGAGACGAUGUUGAAAGAUCCUAGGAGACUCUAUGCGCCAGGCCGCCUCUAUCACAUUGUUGAGAGAAAGCCAUUCAGAGGCGGAAGAUUUCCCCCAGUUGUCAGAACAGCGGUGCCAGUAGAUGGGAGGUUUGAGCACGUUGUCCUCUCUUGCAAUGCCACAUCUGAUCAUGCCAUCAUUUGGAUAGAGAGAGAGGCCCAAAGGGCUUUGAAUUUGAUGCAGGAGAAAGAUCAAACCAUGAAGAUCCCUACAAAGCAAACAAUGGAGAGGGAGGAGACACUAACUAGACACAAUGAUGAAUACAAAGCAGCAUUACAGAGGGCCAAAACACUAGAUGUGCCUCAUGCUGAUACACUGCCAUCACAGUACGGCACUUUUGGUGAAGAAGGGGAGAGCUCGCGAGAAUCGCAGGCUGAGUCAUCUUCUUGUUCAACUAAUAAAAGCAAAUUAGAAAGCUGGGAAGAAUUGAUUGAGCGUCUAUUUGAUAAGGAUGAGCAUGGCCACAUAGUGCUGAAGAAAUCAAGUUUUGACGAUUGAUUAUGUAAUUUAUGAAUCUAUAAGAAUAUGAGUAGUGCCCCAAGAAAACAACAUUCAUUCAUUCUUUUGUGAUUUGUGUUUAGUUGGCUUCUGAAUAGGUACAUUUUGAAGAGAAAUUUGAUAAAUCUGAUUUUGAAACUUGAGUGCAUUGGAGUUCUUGCA